GAGACCUUUUUUGAUUCAGGAAUGUGAGAAAACUUUAAUCCGCCGGAGGAGGUAACGAUGUCACUCUGCCGGAAAAUUCAUAGUUCAGGUAGACUGGCUCGUGGGUGAGACCCAGAUUCGAAAACCCUAAUUGAAGAAGAAGAACUCAAUGUCUCAGACGUUUUCGUCAGGCACGAUACAAAAGAAAAAGCAGGCAGCUUUUGGUCCUAAUUUGUCUUGGCAGCUCGAUGAAGAACGGUACAGUGGAUCUUGGGUCUUACUGUACUAUAGUAGACAAAUUAGGAAAAAGCAGGCAGCUUUUUGUAAAAAUCUCUCCUUGGCUACUCAAUCAAGAACGACACUAUAAUAGAAAUAUAUUUUCCGAAGCCGCUGGUGCGUUUUCUAGUGAUUUAAGAGGCUGGUCUUAUAGGAUUCUUGGUUUUUCUGCCACAACGAGACUUUGCUAUUCGUAACAGUUGAGCCAUGUCGAUUUCUUGAAGGUUUCGAAACCCUUUGGUUUGAAAAUUUAUGGUUAUUGCCUGGAAUCGGGUACAAUGGGAAGUUUAGUUAGAGUGUUGUUGUUGCGUUGAAUACUUGACUGCUGAGUGAUGAUGCAAUAAGGUGUGGACAGAAUCUUCAUGAUGCAGAGUGGGUGUCAUGAUACAGAGUUGGCAGAGACUUUGUUUAUCUUAUUUUAGAGACACUUGAGGAGAGGUGACAUUAAGGUAGGCCUAAGAUCUUCAUCAAGUAAGUUUCCUUGAAGUUUCCUACAACGAGCCAUCUUGAAAAAGUCAAGUCACCUUGUCAAUUCCUCUUCUACGGAGUUGUUUUGUCUAUAAUAUUAGGAUCAAGUUUUUCUCCAACUCCCACAACUCGAUUUGGUUUUGCUGUGAAAAUGUACAUUACAAGGCGUUUGUCAGAGUACCGGAAGAAUCCAGCAGAGCUAACAAGGCCUCCUCCUGAAGGUCCAAACUCUGGAAUUUUGGUAAUCCAAGACCAAGACUCAUAUAGACGGGCUACAUGCUGCUUCAGCUCGUGGUUGGUGUUGGACACUUGUCUAAAUGGUUUGCCAUUGCCGCAAAAUCUUAAGCUAGCAGUCACGUUCAAUAUCGGAGGGGAUGACGCUACUCGUGACCCAGUUGUGUUCAUUCCUGUUCUUGAUAAGCCUCUAUCUUCAAACUGUUAUUACGCUAUUAAACGACAUGGGAAGCAUUCAGGUAAAGCGGCUGGUAGUGCGAAAGAGGAUGAUCCUUUGGUCACCUCCUGCUUUUGUAUUAAGCAAGUUGCUGAAGCUGAACAUAAACAGCUAGAUCCUUUUGACAUAUACCAACAAUUCGAGAUCCAUCAAAAAAAUCCAUCUUCACGUAGGCGUUAUUACUACGCAACAUCUGUUGCUACUGAUGGAGUCCCACCAUGGUUUCUCAGGAAUAGAGAGUGGAAUGUUGAAUGCGUGAGGUCCCAAGACUUUAAACUGACAGAUGAUGCAAAAGGAGUCAACACAGAGCUUCGUUCCAAGCUUCCCAAUCUUGGUAUGAGCACUGUGGUUGGGAAGUGGUAUGUCCCUUUCAUAUUCGUGAAAGAAAGAGACGUAAAGGAUCAGAUCAAGAAUUCAAUGUAUUACAGCAUGACUCUUGAACAAAGAUGGGAAGAAGUUUUUUCUUGCGAUGACGACAAAAGCGAGAACCGUGAUGUUGUAUUUGAUGUACAAGGAGAGACAGAAGUUGUUAAGCUUGAGGGACAAGAGAUUGAAAGAGGUGUGGAAGCAAACGGGUUUGUGUGGUUUGGGGUUGGAGAUGAAAAGAUUGGUUUAGGAUCGGUUGUUGUUGAGAGAAUGAAAUGGGAAGAAGAGAGAUUUGGGUGGACAAGCAAAGGUGACCAGGAGCAAGCAAUGGCGGGUAAGAGAUUGAAGAAAUCAAAAGAUGGUAGCUUUUGGACUAGUUAUCAGUGUUGUGUUCUGAUAGAGAGCUUUGUGUUGAAGAGGAUGGAUGGGAGUUUGGUCUUAACAUAUGAAUUUACUCACGUCGAUAAGGUCAAAACCAAAUGGGAUUAAGUUUCUCACACAACGAAU